UUCAGUUUGACUUUGUCAACAACUUUAGAGCGCAAGUUUGCAUAGUAUUUACCUGAGGUUUUUCCACUAUUGCGGGUUAAAAUGGCGAAAUAGUUUCGCAUUCGCCAUGCUGACCUCUAGUGGUCUCUAAGACCGGCUAAUGUAAAAUGGCCGCCGCUGGUGACCGCGGGAAGCGAGACACUAAGAGCUUGCUAAACAGAUCUGGAGGAGAUGAACGAAAGGCCGAAGAAAACAAGUUGCAUCGACGUGCAGCCAAGUCCAGAUCUUACAGAGAAGCAAUGUCCAAACCAACAGGACGUGAUACUAUAGAAUUUUUUCAGAAUGAUUUGGAGCCUGUAUCAGAGGCCAGUACUAGCUCUGCACACCUUACAGACUUGGAGCAUCACACUGAUGUCUGUGAAUGGACUGAAAGUACCAUAAAUGGGAAGCACUUAUGGAUGGACACAGAUGCCUCGGGAAACUCCUGUUACUUGACUGAUUGUGAAUCUCUGAAAUCAGGACCCAGAAAGAAGUGCACAGCUUGUAAAAUCAUUGUCCAUGCUAAGUGCAUAGAACAGCUGUACAGGAUAAACUUCAAAUGCAAACCAACAUUCAGGGAAAUCCUUCCAAAGUCUUCACAUGAAAGUAAUGUUCGUCAUCACUGGGUUCAUCGUCGCAAACAAGAAGGGAAGUGCCAUCAUUGUGGCAAGUCUUUCCAGCAUAUGCUAUCCUUUCAGACAAAGGAUAUUAUUGCAAUUAGUUGUUCAUGGUGCAAAGCUGCAUAUCAUAAUAAAGUGGAGUGUUUUAAGAUGAACAAAAUAGAUGAAAUUUGUGAUUUAGGAGCUCAUGCAAACCUCAUCGUCCCACCAUCUUGGGUUGUAAAGCUCCCUCCGAUAAGAAUGCAUGCAAGAAGCUCCUCUGUGAAGAGGAAUAGCUUUAAAAAGAAAUCCCUAAAAAGAAAAUCAACAAAGGAAAGGAAACCUUUUGUGAUAAAGCCUUCUGGAUCAGCACAGCGCAAGCCUUUACUAGUGUUUAUUAACCCAAAGAGUGGUGGAAAUCAGGGAGCCAAAAUCAUGCACAAGUUCCAGUGGCUAUUGAACCCCAGACAGGUGUUUGAUCUGUCAAGAGGAGGUCCUCGAUUAGGUCUGGAAUUGUACCGAAGGGUUCCUAAUCUUCGAAUACUAGCCUGUGGUGGAGAUGGAACCGUUGGCUGGGUGCUGUCUGAACUUGACAAACAAAAAAUGACACCCCCACCCCCUGUGGCUGUGCUUCCACUGGGGACAGGAAAUGACAUGUCUAGAGUUCUCAAUUGGGGAGGGGGUUAUACAGAUGAACCUUUGUCAAGAAUUUUAACACACAUUCAUGAAGGAAGUAUUGUCCAGCUCGACAGAUGGAAUCUGGAAGUAACAUUUAAUGAAGCAGGUGAAAAUGAUUCCUCUGAUGAAGCGGUUGACAAGCUUCCCUUGAAUGUCAUGAACAACUAUUUUAGUCUGGGAUUUGACGCUGAAGUCUGUUUAGAAUUUCACGAAUCAAGAGAGGCCAAUCCAGAUAAAUUCAACAGUAGAUUUAAAAAUUUAGUAUUUUAUGGAAAGGCCAGCAGUGCAACUUUCCUUCAGAGAAAAGCUCGUUCCUUCUUCAGAUAUACAACUAUAGAGUGUGAUGGAGUUGAUCUCACCGAUAAGCUUCAAGAAACCAAACCUCUGUGCCUUUUAUUUGUCAACAUCCCAUCAUAUAGUGCUGGUACGUCACCUUGGGGACACCCGGGAAAAGACAGCGAGUUUCAGUCUCAAAGACUUGACGAUGGUUAUCUGGAGGUGAUUGCACUCACUUCAGCAACGCUGGCGACGACACGAGUUGGAGGUCAUGGUGAGAGGAUGGCACAGUGUAAAGAGGCUGUUCUUGCGACCAGUAAAUCUCUUCCCAUGCAAGUGGAUGGAGAACCCUGUAGAUUAUGCCCAUCCAGAAUAAGAAUAAGUAGGAGAAACCAGGCAAACAUGUUACAAAAAGUGAAGAGUCGGACAGAACGUUCCAAUUCGAAUGCAGGGCCUAUUCCAUGUCCUGAACCAGUGAAAUUACAGAUAUUCCGAGUUGCUUUCAGUGAUUAUGAGAAGCAUUGUUACGACCUGUUACAGCUAAGAGAUACUUCGACGCUUUUGGCGACGACAGCGAUAGAACCCGACGCUGACUUAGAGCAAAUGAGGGCUUGGAUCGAGCGGUUUAAAGAGGACGAGGAAGAACAGAAAGCGACCUUGUCAGAUGAUUGGUGUUUCUUGGACACAACUUAUCCUGACAGAGUUUAUCGUGUGGAUAUCGCGCAGGAAAAAAUAUACAAUGUAGUGGACAUUCUCGAGGAUGGAAUAUUCCUCGUCGACCUAAAGGAUGACCUUGUGAAGACACAGCGAAAUAACAAGACCAGUGUUUCUACCUCUUCCCCACGGCUCAAGAGACCGCUGUCCGUUCCUGGGGGUCCUGUCCCCAGGGCCCCCAGUCUGAUCAAUCGUUCACCGGUUGCUCUGCCCCCACCACUGAGGUAUAACAGCUCACUUGGAUCCAGUCCAUCGGAGAGUGUGGAGGAUAUUGUGGAAACUACGAUCAUGACACCAUUUCACACUAAUCAAGAAUUCAAGUUACCGUUCCCUAAUGAAGAUGACAUGGACACUAUUUGGGUGAAAAGUGAGAUCAUGAAGCGUAAUGAAAACAGCAUGAUUGAGGCUUCGAAAAACGGAGAUCUAGACAAGGUUAUUGAGUUACACCGUAACGGUGUCAGUCUGUCAGCUGGUGAUCGCCGAGGCUGGAGGCCGUUACAUUACGCCGCCCGUCACGGACACAAGGAGGUGGUCAGAUAUAUCAUCUCCAAUGUUCCACGUUGCGUUCUGGAUCUUGUCGAGGAAGAAAAGGGUCAGACAGCCCUUCAUAAAGCAGCCCUCUAUGAACGGCGGACAAUUUGCUCGCUCUUGGUGCAAGCCGGCGCUUCCCUCACGAGAACAGAUUAUGAUGGUAAUACGCCCCGAAUUCAAGCUUUGAAGGCUCAAGAUAAGGAACUCGCCAAAUAUCUUGAAACGCAAGAACACCUUCAAAUCAUAGCAGCUGAAGAUUACGAAACUGCAGUGUAAAAAGGAAUGUUGCAGCGCUCAAUAGUGUUACUUCAGAUGCCGUCGUAAACGAAGGAACAAAACUAAUGUGUACAGAAAAUGAAACAAGAUAACAAUAGACUCUCCUUAUUUUUAAAAGAAUAGCUUAUUCGAUAAUUUGAAACCAUGGUAUUCAUCCAUUUGUAGGUGUUAUAGGAAUUAGUUACACUUGAAAAGGAUAAACUUAAAAUAAAAUGGCAUAAGUAAGUGCUGAAAAGAUCCAGAUGACUUGCUUUAUAAAUAUGAAUGAGAGACUUAAUUGCAUAUGAUGGCCAUGUGAAAUCGGCACUGUUUUAUUAAUCUAUUUAAAUUCUGCUGACGUUACUUUUAUCUUUGUAUUUUCUCUGUGACUCUAACUGACUAAGAGGAUAAGUUUUUGUUCUUUUUUAUCAAAAUUGUUUUGAGGAGGCUUAAAAGUGUUGAAGCCUUUUCAAUAAAACCUAACAGUAAAAAGUGGUGUUUUCGCACUUCACAAUAAUCUGUGAACACUGACGAAUAUAUGAUCAGGUGCGGUUAGAAAUCCCACAGAACUCGUAUGCUUGUGCGCGGUUGUUUUUCUCUCUUGAUGAAUUCAGUUAAGGAUUUGCUACGGUAAUGAGUAUUUAUUCACUGGGAAGAAAACCACAAAUCUUUAUCUAUCGGUUACGUGAAAUGCAAUCUGAAUCUGCCUUUUAAGUUUUAAUUGUGUCUCGUCUUUAUUUUUCUCUUUCCAAAUAAACUUUCAACAUUUUA